UGACAGAAGUCACGUGAUCAGUGACGACGUAAUCUCGUAACUUCCUUGUUUUUGUGGGACCCAUUAAAUUGAAACCAUUCCAGUAACAUACGGUCAAAAUAAACAGGAGACGCAAUGCACAUUACCAGAUCCGUCACGUACAGGCGGAGACGGCAAGGCGGAACAGCCUAGGAGCUCUCCCUGAUUCCAGAUCCUUCCAUCUGUCUCCCUCUUUAUGUGUGAAUCAUGAUGCUGUGCUGGGGAAGCAGUGGCUCGGGUCAGCUGGGCAUCGGGGUGUCGGAGGUGGCUGUCUUUGAGCCGAGGAGCUGUUGCAUGUUCGACGGGAGGGGUCUUAAAGAAGUCGCGUGCGGCAGCCAACACUCGCUCUUCCUGUUGCAUGAUGGGAGCGUUUACGCCUGUGGCUCCAACAGCUGCGGUCAGCUGGGCCAUGACAAGGGAGGAUGGAGGCCAGAGCUGGUAGGAGCUCUGGAUGCUCAGAAGAUCGCCGGCGUGUCGUGUGGGCAGGCUCACUCUCUGGCGGUGAACGAGCAGGGGCAGGUGUUUGCCUGGGGGGCCGGAGAAGGAGGGCAGCUCGGUCUGGGUACGGCUGAAGAGGCAGUCCGUGUGCCCAGGUUGAUUAAAAAGUUGUGCGAGCAUCGAAUCUCACAAGUGAUGUGUGGCAACCAACACUGUAUAGCACUUUCAAAAGAUGGUCAGUUGUUUGUAUGGGGAGAGAACUCCAGCGGUCAGCUGGGAUUAGGGAAGGGAGAGCCCAGCACUCUGUCUCCUCAACCGCUCAAAUCUCUGAGUGGGAUCCCACUGGCUCAGAUCAGCGCUGGAGGAGACCACAGCUUCGCCCUGUCGCUGUCUGGAGCCGUGUUCGGCUGGGGGAAGAACAGCGCCGGGCAGCUGGGCCUCAAUGACGAGCAAGAUCGGGCUGUUCCCUGUCACAUCAAGUUCCUGCGCUCACAGAAGGUGGUGUACAUCAGCUGUGGAGAGGAGCACACUGCCGCCUUGACAAAGGAAGGGGGUCUGUUCACAUUUGGAAACGGCUCAAGAGGACAGCUGGGCCACGAUUCCACCAGAAACGAGCCUCUUCCACGCAGAGUUAUGGAGCUCAUGGGCACUGAGGUGUCUCAGAUCGCUUGUGGGCGGCACCACACCCUGGCAUUCGUGCCCUCCACAGGACUGCUUUACGCUUUCGGCUGCAAUACUCAGGGCCAGCUGGGUACAGGUCUCAGAGGAAAUGCUAAGAGCCCACUUCCUGUCGGAAACAUCCAACCCCUGUGCAUUGGAAAUACACACACAAAAGGCGAGCGCUGCACCAUCCGUAAAAUUCACAGUGGAGGCGAUCACAAUUUCCUGUUGUUGUCUACUAAGGAGGGUGCAUCUUGUCCCGAGGAUUUCCGCAUUAUGAAUGCCACCAAAAGCAUCGCUCUGAUUAAUUCUGAGAGUCUGGACCGCUGGAGGAUGAAGCUUCAUGACAGCAGCGAUUCAAGCAUCACCAAUGACAUCAUACUCCUGUUUUCCUCAAUUGCGUGUUGGAAUGCCAGCUUUUUGGACCAAAGUGAUGACGGGCAUUUCAAAACCAACCCCAAAGUCCCGGGCAUCGAUUUCAAUGCUGUUAAGCUGCUUUUUGAGACGCUGAUGAAACCAGCCUUCGCAAGACUUUUGGAGCAGGCCACGAAGAGCUUUGAGAGUCUCCUGAUCCCCCAGCUGACCUGCUCUCCUCCUGACGUGGAAGCCAUGCGGAUCUACCUGAUCCUGUCUGAAUGUCCCGCCCUCCAGGACUCCAAAAACUACAUCUCUCUCACCAUCCCUCUAGCCAUGGCCAUCCUCAGACUGGACGCCAACCCCAGCAAAGUCCUCGAUAACUGGUGGUCUCUGAUGGAUUGCGAGGUUUUCUCCAGACUAGUGGAGAUGUACAAAAGCAUAGUUGUGUUUCUGUUGACUGGCGGGAAGGCGCUCCUGAUGCCUGUGUUUCUGGAGAGCUACACCAGCGCUGCCCUGCGACUGCUGGAGAAGCUACACAAGGUCAAUCUGAAAGCCCGUCGUGUGGAAUACAACCACUUCUACAUCCCUGACAUCGCCACCCUGGUGGACAUCCAGGAAGACUACCUCAAAUGGUUUCUGCGCAAAGCUGAUAUUAAAAUGCGAUACCCUCCAGUGCAGGGUUCUGUCACGUUAUGUGCCUAUCCGUUCAUAUUGAACGCGCAAGCCAAGACAACCGUGCUGCAAACAGAUGCUGAGCUGCAAAUGCAGAUGGCAGUAAGCGGCGCUAACUUGCACAACGUCUUCAUGCUGUUGACUAUGGAACCUUUGCUGGCUAGAAACCCUUUCAUGGUGCUUCACGUUAGAAGGAACCACUUAGUCAGCGAUGCUCUCCGGGAGCUCACAGUCUACAAUGACGUAGACUUGAAGAAGCCGCUUAAGGUCAUCUUUGAUGGAGAGGAAGCUGUGGAUGCAGGAGGAGUCACUAAGGAGUUCUUCCUGCUCCUGCUUAAAGAGCUGAUGGAUCCAAUCUAUGGCAUGUUCACCCAAUAUUCAGAGUCCAAUCUUCUGUGGUUCUCUGAUAAAUGUUUUGUGGAACACAAUUGGUUCCACCUGAUUGGGAUCAUCUGUGGUUUGGCCAUCUAUAACUCCACUGUGGUGGACUUGCACUUUCCUCUGGUGCUCUACAAAAAGCUUCUGAAAGUUUUGCCUACACUGGAUGACCUGAAAGAGCUUUCGCCUACAGAGGGAAGGAGUCUUCAGCAGCUGCUGGAGUAUGAGGGCGAUGUGGAGGAGACCUUCUGUCUGAACUUUGCAAUUACGAGAGAGUAUUAUGGGAUAACGGAGGUUAAAGAGCUGAUACAGGGCGGGAAGACCAUCGCUGUGGACAAGACAAACAGAAAGGAGUUUGUUCAGGCGUAUUUACAGUAUGUGUUCAGUGAUGCCGUACAGGAGCAGUAUUCGGCCUUCUCCAGUGGUUUCCUGAAGGUCUGUGGUGGGGAGAUCCUCUCUCUCUUCCAGCCCUCUGAGCUCAUGGCCAUGGUGGUGGGAAACAACAACUACAACUGGGAGGAGAUGGAGAAGAAUGCCUCCUACAAGGGCGAGUUCUCUGCAUCACACCCAACGGUUAAGAUGUUUUGGGAGGUGUUUCAUGAGUUUCCCUUGGAGAAAAAGAAACAGUUUUUAUUGUUUUUGACAGGCAGUGACCGCAUCCCCAUCCACGGCAUGGCCAGUCUACGCAUCGUCAUUCAAUCCACUGCUGCAGAAGAGCACUACCUUCCUGUGGCCCACACCUGCUAUAACAUGCUGGACAUGCCCUGCUACCAGACCAAAGAGACCUUGUGGCACCGGCUCACGCAAGCCGUGGAGCAGUACGAGGGCUUCAGUCUGGUCUGAGCGAGAUCUACAGAGUUUGCUUUCUGUAUGCUGACACUGCACUUUAAACCUGUGGAGAAAUGGAAACGAACGCUGCUCUCGCAUUUAUUUUACCACAGACGAGCAUAUCCGGAGUCUCGUAUGAGUAAAUCUAUUAUUUUCUUAUUUUUACAGACUUUUCACUUGCUUGUUUGGUUGAAUCUUGAGAUGUGCACAGUUUUUUUUUUUUUUUUUUU